ACGCGCAAGAGGCGCACACGGCGUAUCUUUGACGGUACGCUUUGCGUCAACGAAGUGACUGACGGCAUACGCACACUCUCUGCCAGUGACCGUCAGCUCAAGAGAUAAGCGCAUCCCCGCCGAGCGAGUGAUGCCGGCGGUGGAUGCACCACUUAGCAUGUCCGAGAGGGACCUUCGUGCGGCGGUGAGGGACUACACACGGCUCAAACACGCAAACGCCGCACUGGAGCAAGAGAUAAGGGAGAUGAGGGCCAAGUACGCCGACCUCGAACAGAAAUACAAUGAAGUGGCCAGAGAGAGAGAUGAGCUGCGGGCAAGGGUGGCGGAGGAGGUGCUCAGGGAGAGGGGCGGAAUGGGUGGGUGGAUCCACGAGAGGGGGGGCGUGGUGGACCAUCAAUAUCUCAUCAAAAGUGGGGCUAAGAGGGUAGGGGUGAAGCUGCAUGAGGAGGAGGGCAUACUUCAUAUCAGUCAAGCCCAAGUAGGUGGAUUGCCUUUUCACUCACUCUUGCCAUUGAGCACUUCUGUGUUUGUGUGUUUGUGUGUUUGUGUGUUUGUGUGUUUGUGCAGCUUGAUGCCCACGGGUUUAGCAUGAUAUCAUAGCAGAAACACUUGUAUAGCUGCUUCGGCCAAUACUUUGUGUCGCUAUUCGACACGACACUCAACAAGCCGGGCACGCACGUGGUGGGUCUCACACAGCACAUUGCUCAUUUGUGUGACGUCGCAUGCAUUCUCACAUGUGUGUGUGUCGUGUGCACGUGUGUCAAUGUGUGUGUGUGUCAGGAGGUGUGGGCGGAUAGGACGGCAACACCCGACAGACACAAGCUGCUUAGCGAGGGCAUCUACGAGCACAUCACCAACCGCCGCCCCAACAAGUGGCGCCACCUCUACACCGCCAAAGAGGUACAACACAACACAACACAACACGGCACACUGCUGACUGUCACUCACUGCUUGUUUCACUUCAUGUGUCGUAUCGGUGUGUCUUUCAUUGUCAAUGCACUAUCUCAAGGCCACCGGCAAGGGACACAAGAUGACCAUCCGGUUCGCGGCGGGUGACAGCUGCCUCCAAGGGCCGAAAAGGAUUUGGGGGCAGGAGGGACGGCGAUCCAUCGCUGCCUUCAUUUUAUAUCUGUCUGAACCUUUUCCUUCGAUCCCACGAUCAUGUCAGUAAGGACAUCAGACCCUGCUCAAAGGUACGCUUAUACGCACGCACGAACGAACAAGGCAUUAGUCGCUGUGGUUUCAGAUUGCACGAUCGCGGCAUACCCCGAGAGCCUGCAGCUGCUGACUGUAAAGCCGGGCAAUACUGUGGCGCCACACAUCGCAUUCCUCCCUUUGUUGCGCGCAGAGUGUCGGCUUUGUUAAGAGAGACGGCACCUGGACCAUCAGCAAGGCGGACUGCAAGACAGCCCUCGUCAACACGUAAGGAAAGGCGCCAGCCAACCACCACUCGAGCUCAGCUCACAGCUCUCUCUCUUCUCUGUGUUGUAGAGUAUUGGAUCAGCUGCGCAGUGCCAUCCCUCUGGCGAGCGAGCCAAAGACCCCUGAGCGCCGCCCUCCCGCCAUGGCCAGCGACCUGCAGCAGCAGCGGGACGAGCACCUGGCCAAGUCGCAGCACAAGUACUAGAACCAGGGACACAGCGGCAACACAGGGGG